ACCUUGGUUCGCCGUCGUCGUUUGUUUUUCGUUCCUCACAGCAUAGAACCACUUCCGCUCAGUCGGUCACUACGGUAGCUGCGUCUGAAAAAUGCUGCGCCAAACAUCACGUGUUUACGUGAGUCAGUCAUGGAGCCACCUUCCGGCUCCUCUCCCUGGAUGUCACCACACACUCUCAGCCUGCCUCCUCCUCACCAGCCACUGCUGACCGGUCCGUCCGAACUGUGACGACAGGGAAGGUGUUUGUGUUGCGCACAAGCCUGGUCCUGCUUUGACACGUGGACACGCCCUCCUCUCUUGUCUAUAUCUUCAGUUCCUUCCUUCUGGUGCUCAGCUCCAUUCGUGUCGACUGCCCAGAGUCCGCGAAUCCCGACCCUCACGCCUGGAUAUCAACGCCUGCACAGCCCAGAAGGCUCAGGACCUGCAGCUCCACAUACUCAUCCCCCCACAUUCCACCCAUAACAGUGUCUGCUCAGACAUGUCCCUGUACAGCUUUGGGCUGGAACCCAUCUCCUGCCACGCCUGGAACAAAGACAGGACACAAAUAGCACUGAGUCCCAACAACAAUGUGGUCAACAUCUACCAGAAGAAAGGGAAGGACUGGAUCAAGAUCGAGGAGCUGACAGAACACAGCGGACGCAUCACAGGGAUCGACUGGGCCCCGGAGUCCAACCGCAUUGUGACCUGUGCUUCGGACCGUAACGCCUACGUGUGGACGCUGAAGGAUGGGACAUGGAAGCCCACUCUGGUCCUGGUGCGCAUCAACCGAGCAGCCACCUGUGUCAAGUGGUCACCCCAGGAGAACAAGUUCGCGCUGGGCAGCGGCGCUCGCCUCAUCUCCGUCUGCUACUUUGAGAAGGAGAACGACUGGUGGUUGAGCAAACACAUCAAGAAGGCCAUUCGCUCCACGGUCCUGAGUCUGGCCUGGCACCCCAACAACAUCCUGUUGGCUGCUGGGUCGGCUGAUCUCCACUGCAGGAUCUUCUCAACCUACAUCAAGGACAUCGAGGACAAGCCUGGCCCCACGUCCUGGGGGGCCAAGAUGCCCUUCGGGGAGGUGAUGAUGGAGCACAAGGACUGCGGGGGCUGGGUCCACAGCGUCUGCUUCUCCCCCAGUGGCGACCAGCUGGCUUGGGUGGGCCACAACAGCAGUAUCACCGUGGCCGACGCCACCCAGAACAAGACGGUCACUCAGCUGACCACUCAGCGACUGCCUCUGCUGAGCGUCCUCUACGUCAACCCAACGGAGAUUGUUGCUGCGGGACACGACUGCUGCCCGUACCAGUACACCUACAAGGGCCCAGGAGCUCUGGAGUUUGUGAAGAAGCUGGACAUCCCCAAGCAGACCACCAAAGUCAACCUGACUGCCAUGAGACACUUUCAAAACCUGGACAAGAAGGCCACAGAGGACGACAGCAAAGAGCUGGACACUCUUCACCAGAACACCAUCACGCAGCUGUGCGUCGUGUCGGGGACCAACCAACGAGUGGAAGAGUACAGCAGUGUGAGCCUGGAUGGUGCUAUGGUCAUCUGGAAGUUCCAGCACUGAGAGGAUGCAGGUGGGAAACGCCUGGAAACUCCUGGAGUUCGUGUUGAGCUACUGAUCAUACACUGGCCAUGAGUCGCUGUCAAUAAACACAAUAUUUCACAUGUAAA